AAAAGCUUCAGGUAAAUGCUCAAACUUCCUCAACCUGAUCACAAAGCAACCAUGAAGUCUCUUAUCUUCGUUCUGCUCCUCGGAGCUGUCUUCGCUGAGGAGGACAAGAUCGUCGGAGGGUAUGAGUGUACGAGGCACUCCCAGGCCCACCAGGUGUCUCUGAACUCUGGAUACCACUUCUGUGGAGGCUCCCUGGUCAGCAAGGACUGGGUGGUGUCUGCUGCUCACUGCUACAAGUCCCGUAUUGAGGUGCGUCUGGGCGAGCACCACAUCAGGGUCAACGAGGGAACCGAGCAGUUCAUCUCCUCCUCCAGCGUCAUCCGUCACCCCAACUACAGCUCCUACAACAUCGACAACGACAUCAUGCUGAUCAAGCUGAGCAAGCCCGCCACCCUGAACCAGUAUGUGCAGACUGUGGCCCUUCCCACCGAAUGUGCUGCUGAUGGCACCAUGUGCACCGUGUCUGGCUGGGGAAACACCAUGAGCUCCGUUGAUGACGGGGACAAGCUUCAGUGCCUGAACUUACCCAUCCUCUCCCACGCCGACUGUUCCAACUCCUACCCUGGCAUGAUCACCCAGUCCAUGUUCUGCGCUGGCUACCUGGAGGGAGGCAAGGACUCCUGCCAGGGAGACUCCGGUGGCCCCGUGGUGUGCAACGGUGUGCUGCAGGGUGUUGUGUCCUGGGGAUACGGAUGUGCUGAGAGGGACAACCCCGGCGUCUACGCCAAGGUCUGCGUUCUCUCGGGCUGGGUUCGCGAUACCAUGGCAAGUUAUUAAAUGAUCCUCUUCAGAUUCCUGUAGCAGCUUCACAUCAGGCUGUUAAUGGAGAAAAUGAAUAUGAUCAAUAAAGUUUAAAAGAGAAAUCAUA